AUGUGGCACGUUUGUGAGGUGCGUAGGUGCAACGGCAUCAUGAUAUAUAGGUCACAUGGCAAGUGGAGGUUCAUGCUGGUGGUGGCGUACGGCGGCGGUGCAAGCUCUGCUGAGAUCUGGUGUGCGGUGGCGGCAGGCGGUGAAGGCUACAUUGGCGUGGGCCUUAGGAGGAUACGGCAGGAGCACAAAGUAAAGGAGCCAGUUAAAGCGGAACAGGAGCCUCCUUUGGCGCGAAAAAAGGAGCCCCCACCCUUGGCCACCACUAAUCUCUUACCCGGAAACAAAACACCGCCGCUGUUCUUGAUCCACCGACGACCAUUCUCCGGUGGGAAUUUUUCGGGGAGAUUGGAGGAUGUGUUGAUCGAUCCUAUUCUGUUGUUGGGAAUGCGCAACAGAGGCGGGCCGAGGGGGCCCGGCGCCACGAGGCCCGGAGGGCCGCCCAAGGUGCUCACCAUCGACGUGCCGGCGAUACCGCUAGACGAGCUCAACAAGAUGACCAACAAUUUCAGCGACAAGGCCCUCAUCGGCGAGGGUUCCAUCGGCCGCGUCUACAGUUGUACCCUUAGCGAUGGCCGCCCCGCCGUGAUCAAGAAGCUCGACCCCAGCGCCUCGCAGGAGUCCGACUCAGAAUUCUCUGCUCAGCUAGCAAUGGUCUCCAAGCUUAAGAACGAGUACUUCGUGGAACUCCUGGGCUAUUGCUUGGAGGAUGGCAACCGCAUGCUGGCCUAUCAGUUUGCGACCAUGGGUUCUUUGCAUAAUAUCUUGCACGGCAAGAAAGGAGUGCAGGGCGCUGAACCCGGGCCGGUGCUCAACUGGGCUCAGCGCGUCAAGAUAGCUUACGGAGCCGCGAGGGGAAUAGAGUACCUACAUGAGAAAGUCCAACCAUCGAUUGUUCAUCGAGAUAUUCGGUCGAGUAACAUCCUAAUAUUUGACGAAUUCAGCUCCAAGAUUGCCGACUUCAACCUGACAAACCAGGGUACGGAAUCCGCUGCCCGGUUACACUCGACUCGUGUGCUAGGAACAUUUGGAUACCACGCACCAGAAUAUGCUAUGACAGGGCAAAUCAACCAAAAGAGUGACGUCUACAGCUUCGGAGUGAUCCUACUAGAACUACUGACAGGAAGAAAACCGGUCGAUCACACCAUGCCCAAAGGGCAGCAAAGUCUUGUUACUUGGGCUACUCCAAGGUUGAGCGAAGAUAAAGUAAAGCAAUGUGUUGAUCCAAAGCUCAACAGUGAGUACCCACCAAAAGCCGUCGCCAAGCUAGCAGCAGUGGCAGCGCUGUGCGUUCAGUACGAAUCCGACUUCAGACCGAACAUGACAAUCGUCGUGAAGGCAAUACAACCCCUUCUCAACCAAAAACCGGCUGGACCCACCACCGAGGCACCGAGACCCUGA